AUGCCGCGUUCAUCAAAAACAUCUAAAUCAAUCUCUGAUAAGAAGCCAUUGAUUCCAAGUGUGCCUAAUGGUGAACAAAUUCAACCGGAGUCAAAUCUACUGCUUAAAAAUGAAAUAGCUGACCUGACUAUGCAAAAUAGUAGACAAUAUACUGUUCGAUUGUUGACAAAUUCGAGUCUAGGUGCACACGAUGUAGAGCCCUUAAACAGCAUCCCCUUGGUUGCUCUGGACGGCACGUCAGUGGAGAGUUUGCUUCAACAUGGGUGCUUUCGGGAGCGUCCACAGCAAUACUUAGACCUAUUUACACCGUUGUUGGAGUUUUUCGUCUACCACAUGCGCCCCAACAGCACCCUUAGGUGUGUAAACGGGAUGAAGUGCACCCCUGAUGACAUGCAUGAAACUGUUCGCCUGGAGACCGAGGGUUUCAUCAGCCCCGUCGUCGGCAUCAUGCCAACCUCAAACACUUUAGUGAACCCCAAUUACAUUUCACCACAAGGCCAUACAGGAGGAGGCAUGAACAACUGCAACCGUUGGGAUAAUGGUGAAAGCAAGGAUUUGGCCAUCCAGCGUUGUUGUGUUGAGACUAUAGGACGAUCUGGAGAGGAAUAUGCAGCAGGCGAAGCAACUCUGGAACCCAAUGCAAGUGGCCCGAAUUCUCAUUUUGCCCGAAUCUCAACCACCGGCUUACAACAACAACAACAGUCAGGAUCUCCUGUCUCAGAUGCACUAUAUAAUAGGACUUAUUCCGGUUCAUUCCUCCAAACUCCACAAGAAUUGAAAGAGAAGCUGGAGGCACAGAUGCGGCUAAUGAAAGUGGUUGCCUUUCCGAUGACGGUUUUCCCAUAUUUCGCGUCGCAUACACUAGAAGACGUUCCUGCACAAGAUGCUGUCCAAGGGUGUUUAUGCAACUCCAGGGAUCCCUGUAGCGGCUCGAAUAAGUGUUGCAGCGAGGAAGUGGAUAAUCUUUCGACGCGCAGAAAGUCAAGUGACAAUGGAGGUUUUGAUCCAAUCACAGGCAGCGAGAGACGUUCUUGGCCGCCGGCUGGGGAGGAUUUUGAUCGACUGCUAAAACAUCUCACAGAGUCUUGCCGUUCACACUAUGAUGUUGAUAAGCUUAACCGAUUAAUGCGGUUGCUUUCAAACGAGGUUGCUUCUCUGUAUCUUUCGGCUUUCCCUGACGACAACGCCUACUUAAUGGCUAAAGAUGCCACCUUUGUUAUGGAUCACUGGUCCAGAUCAGCAAACCACGGCAAAUUCACGACCAGCUUCUUCGCGUUAGCGCAUAAAUCAGGGUUAAACCUCCUCGAACAGGUCGUACCGUGUAUCCAAGCCAUUACUGGUAUCGUUAGACACCAUACCCGCUGCCGCCUAGCUCUCAUGAGCCUCAGGCCGCGUGUGCAGCGGGUAGGCUCACGCCUCCACCUUAGUGCGAAGGAGGUUGAUACUCUGACGUUUCUGCUGCUAUGCCACUGCGGAGCGAUGCUGUGUGCUUCAAUCAAUGCUCCGCAGACCCCGUUGACAAUGGCUCACCAGAUGAACCUCACACCGAAGGAACUCAUGUGGUUCUUAAACGAGCAUCGUCCGCACAUGAAGCAAGGUCUCAUCACGUCCGACGCACGUCAGCGGAGCAGCUUUAUUGACAGCCACGUGGCAAUGCCGCAAGAAGUGGUCACGGCCCUAACUGGUGACGACCUCACCGAGGAACAGCUGAUCAAGCUCGAGCGCACUGCUCUAGCUGAAGUCCUCAACGAAGAGCGACGGCAGCAGGAGCGGACCACUGAUAUGACAACAGUUUUUACCACUGGUAUUAAGAAAACGGUGUGCUCAGAUGCAAAGAGGCGGAAGCGUCCCUGUGACGAUCAGCUACACGCUGGCAGCAGCCUCUUUCCCCACCGAACGGCUCCUCGUCAGGAGGAUGGCCCCUGUGGCAGCAGUCGCGAUACAGGAAGUGUGUCCUCCAGCGACGCCAGUGCGGAUGAAGACGGAGACGACGUAGUGGAUCUUUCUCUACGUGAUUUAACAUCAGGGCUGAAUUCGACAGCCGCGCCUCUCCGUGGUGUUGAAGUUAAUGACAUAACUAGGCUUGGGAACCGGGAGAACUAUGCUCCAGAUCGUGAUGAGGACCUGGAAGGAGACCUGGAGAAAGGCGUCUCGAAGGGUGACAAUCGAAGUGGGCCUUCACAUGUCGGAGUAUCACCGAUGUGUGCGCCUGGAGGAGACGGUGAGGAAUUCGCCACCGGUACAAACUUAUCCACGUAUAAGACUGACUUUGAAUAUAUGGAGUCCGCCUUCAACUUGAUCGCCACAUUUAUACGCAUCCGCACUGCUGAAGGUGACAUCAAGGAUGACGAAGACUGUUACCAGCCCAAAACCAAGCUUGAGGCCACUCUGCGAGAGCUUAAGGGGCGUCAGCGGGUGUGGAUGUCAGUCCACAAACGUCGUGUGCAGGCUACGCUUGAGCAGCAUGUAAAGGGUCAUGGUUACUUACCUCGUAUUGAGCAACUUUCACAGCGUCUCGGCCUCAAUGAGCUGGAGAAGCAGGUCCUCCUGCUCAUGGUAGGCAAUGUCGUGUCGCAUGACAUUCUAAUCGCCAUCAACGGCCGCUACGGGAUGCGGGACGGGCAGCGAGUGCUCACUGUUGGGUAUAUUCUCUUUGUUCUAUGUGAGAACUUGCAGGAGCGCAUUGCGGUGCGCAAGUCUUUUUAUAAAUCGUCGCCUCUAAUUUCGAACAAUAUCCUCUCGCUUAGUCUGGACACAAGCUGCAAAUCACGCUUUAACACGGACCUUAUGGACUACGUCUGUGAUAUUGAUCGGAAGAUCGUCGACUAUCUGAUGGGGACCGAGACCGAGACAGCGGAAAUGGUGCCGGGAUCCAGGCUGUACUCCCCUACGGUGACCAUCAAUAGCGUGGUACUGCCGGCGCAAACCACUGAGCUCGUUCUCUCUACAAUCGAGAACUACAGUCUAUUCGAGCGGUGUAAGGUAGGCUGCGGCUUUGGAAGAGGUCUUGGCCCUGGUGCCAGCGGUCUUGUCAUUCUUUUCUACGGACCAAGUGGUACCGGGAAGACAAUGUUGGCCAACGCCGUGGCGCAUGAGCUGAAGAAGAAAAUCCUCCUUGUCACUGUAUCGGAGUUCCGUGCCGACAAGAACGCGGCGGAGAUGAUGAACUUCAUUUUUCGAGAAGCCAGAUUAAACGAUAAUGCAAUUAUUUUUUUUGAUGAGUGCGAAUCUCUUUUCGAGAGUCGUGAGGCCAAUCCACUUGUGACCUCGUUGCUCUCGGACUUUGAAAAGUACGAAGGGCUUGUCAUCAUGGCCACGAACAAGGCUCAAAACAUGGAUGAGGCCAUGAACCGCCGCAUUUCUCUCAUGAUUGAAUUCAAGCUGCCGGGGCAUGAGAUGCGUGAGACCAUCUGGCGCCACCACAUCCCAUCUGGGAUCCAGCUGCACGAGGACGUCAGGCUAAAUCGAUUAGCACUGAAUUAUGAACUGAGUGGCGGUUUGAUUCGGAAUGCCGUUCUAGCCGCCCUCCAGCACGCUGUCGCACGCGAAAAGACUGAGACUCCUACACUCACCAUGGAAGACCUUGAGGAUGGUGCUAAACAGCAACUCCGUGGUUUCUUUUUGGCUUCCCAGUUGCCGUCUGCGACGAGUAGCAAGCUUUACGUGACCCCGAAGUGUGUCUUGUCUGAGCUUGUUGUGAAGGAUUCAACGCGGAGGCAGAUCGAGACAAUUGCCAAACUUGCCAAGAGUCGAAGUACACUCUUCUCGCAGUGGGGCUUUAGCCAAGAUGCGUGCGAAAAUAUUGGUGCGGUUUACCUUUUUUCCGGCCCCAGUGGAGCAGGUAAAUCGCUUGCGGCCGAGGGCAUCGCCUUUGAAUGUGGGGCCACGAUCCGCCUAUGCAACCUGGCCGAGCUCAUGCUCCUCCAGGAGGUCAACAUCCACGCCGUCUUCGAAGAAGCUCGCAGUCUCGGAGCGAUUGUCGUGUUUGACCAGGCGCAAAGCCUUUUCAAUCAUAGUGAGCGUAGCAUCAGCAUCUCGCAAAUGAUCCAGUAUUACGCUAUGCGGUACCCGAGGCCUGUCAUCGUCAUUGCUACGACGAGAACAUCCACGGAAAGGGAUGUCGGUGCAAUGAUAGGUGAGAGCGCGUCCUGGAUUGAUGUCCAAGCAUCACGUCUAGCAUUUAAUAUGCAUGUCGUAUUUCACUUACCUAGUUGCGAGCUCCGUAAGGAAUUGUGGACCAGGGCCUUCCCCGCCAAGGUGCCGCUUGCUGGGGACGUUGACUUUGAUACCUUGAGUAACUCUGUGGUUUCGGGUAAGAUGAUCCGAACGGUAGCUUUUAACGUGUGUUGCCAAGUCGCCUUGUUGCCGGAGUCGAAGCGGAAGUUGGACAUGAAGAUGAUCCUAAAUGAGUUAGAGGCCGCUAUACUUCGGGAGCGGGGACAUAAUUCGUCUGCCUUGAUGUUUGCAUAAAGCGACUCUAUUUUGAGUAGUGAGGAACUAUGUCUAGAAAAGGUGUAUUUACUUUGUGAAAAAAAUUGGGCCAUUCUUUUAUCUCGUAGCGAAAGUAUUCAUCAAUUCAUUCCUUAAAAUUGAAAGUCUGCAUAGUCCAUUCCGAGUGGAAAGAUGACUCCGCAAGUUCCUGAUGUUGUUCGACCUUUGGUUAGAUCUUGGUGGAAUCUGUCGAUUAACAUUAAAACACGUAUCUGAAGUAAAGGUGGAUGGUUAAAAGGUACCAAAGUCUAAAGAAUGUUUGAAGUCGUUCUAAAUGGUGCUAAACCUACAUUUUUAUAACAUCGCAUAAA